UGAACUGCGCUCCGAUUCCGAGGCAGACUUGCGCGCGCGCGAGCGCCUCAUAAUAAUACGCUGGCUCGUCAAUAAGCCGCAGCCAGCAGCACGCGCAGGAUCGCGGCGAUUGCAUUCGGCGAUACAGCGUACAGUCGCGCGCUGAGACAGCCGAGUGAAAAUCGGCGACGCACCGGCAAAGCGCCACAGCAACCGAACUGCUGCCCAACGGGAAAAGCUCGCGGCGAGAAAAUCGGAUGUUGUACCGCUGCAUGGAAAAUCAGGCUCGAGCAUCGGCCUGCAGUGUUGUUGUUGGACGGUGAAAUCUCGAAGCGCGAAAAAGCGCGCGCUGAACUGCUCUGUGCCCGUGUUUUUGCAUGUGUAUGUGUCAGUGCUCUGCGUGUUUUGUUGCAUGUGUCUGCCAUGAUGAAGAAAUGGUAUCAUCAUCGUUGUUGCUGCUGCUAUUGCUGGUGUCCCCAAGAUGACGAGCUGCAGCUAGGGACUAGCAGAAGCUAUUACUCUUCGUGACUCCGGGACCAGUCAUUUAAUCAUUCUUCAGCCAUCGACGAAAUCCGCGGUGCAUCUUUAACAAUUGAAAUAAAGGUAAGAGUGUCCUCUAAGCCCACAAUGACGUUGACAAUAAUUUGUUGGAAAGCAGCUACAGCGGGCCAAGUUGCUUCAUCGCCGUCGUCUCCAUUCUCGAGCAGCAAAAUCAUCAGGCACAUUUAGAUGCCCAGUGACGCGAGUCCUUCGCUAGGUGAGCUCAAGUCAGGCGGGCCAACGGCCACGAUGCCGCACAGCCAGUACGGACUGCCGGCGCCCAUGGCACACGGUCUGCAGUCGCCGCCGUCGCCCACGGCCGCGGCAGUCAUGUCGGCGUACCCGCGCUACGCGGCGAUGCAGCCGACUCCGCCGCCGUCGCACCAGGUCGUGGGACCUCCUCUGCCGCCGGUGCCGGUCUCGGCGUCUUCGGCCAUGGCGCCGCACGGACUGUCAGGCGAGCAGCGCCUGACGCGCGAGGCCAUGAAGCACUACCUGGCCGAGCACAAGCGCACCCAGGGCAAGGCCGAUAUGGUCGUCGUGAUUCUGCACGCCAAGGUGGCGCAAAAGUCUUACGGCAACGAGAAGCGUUUCUUCUGUCCGCCGCCGUGCAUCUACCUGAAGGGCGCCGCUUGGGCGAUGCGCCAGGAGCAGAUGCGUCGCGACGGCGAGUCCGAGCAGUCGUCGCAGCUGUGCGCCUUUAUCGGCAUCGGCAACAGCGAUCAGGACAUGCAGCAGCUCGAUCUCAACAACGGAAAGCAGUACUGCGCCGCUAAAACCCUGUACAUAUCCGACUCGGACAAACGCAAGCAUUUCAUGCUGUCGGUGAAGAUGUUUUACGGCAAUGGUCACGAUAUCGGGGUGUUUCAUAGCAAACGCAUCAAAGUCAUAUCGAAACCGUCGAAGAAGAAACAGAGUCUGAAGAAUGCCGAUCUCUGCAUAGCCUCGGGCACGCGAGUUGCCCUCUUCAACAGGCUGCGCUCACAGACCGUCAGUACACGAUAUCUGCACGUAGACAACAAUAACUUCCACGCGAGCUCGACGCAGUGGGGUGCUUUCACCAUACAUUUGCUCGACGACAACGAGAGCGAGAGCGAGGAGUUUCAGGUGCGCGACGGCUACGUGCACUACGGCAGCACUGUGAAGCUCGUCUGUUCGGAGACCGGUAUGGCACUGCCACGCCUGGUCAUUCGCAAAGUUGACAAACAAAUGGCGAGUCUGGAAGCUGACGAUCCCGUCUCGCAACUCCACAAAUGCGCCUUCUACAUGAAGGACACAGAUCACAUGUACCUUUGUUUGUCACAAGAACGAAUAAUACAGUUCCAGGCGACGCCUUGUCCGAAGGAGGCCAAUAAGGAGAUGAUAAAUGACGGCGCCUGCUGGACCAUCAUCAGUACCGAUCGAGCAGAGUACACUUUUUACGAAGGCAUGGGUCCCGUUCGAUCGCCGGUAACGCCAGUUCCGCUGGUACACAGUCUCAAUCUAAACGGGGGUGGCGACGUGGCUAUGCUCGAGCUCACGGGCGAUAACUUCACUCCCAAUCUGCAAGUGUGGUUCGGUGACGUCGAAGCCGAGACCAUGUACAGAUGCCAAGAGAGCAUGCUCUGCGUCGUGCCAGAUAUAUCGCAGUUCCGCGGCGAGUGGCUCUGGAUUCAUCAGCCCACGCAGGUGCCGGUCUCGCUCGUUCGCAACGACGGCAUUAUCUACGCGACCGGCCUGACGUUUACGUACACGCCCGAGCCCGGUCCAAGGCCGCACUGUAUGCCUGCUAGCGAGGUCAUGAGGCACCAACGCAACUUGGCACACAAUCAGCAAUCCAUGCAACCAGCCAUAGCCGACGUUGCCUGGAACAGCCAUCAUCAGCCUCCGCAGCAGGGCCUUUGAUACGAGCCUAACGACGACGGUUGGCCGGCUGCGGAUGUCGACGUAGCCGGACCGUCGGUCAAUGUUAUGAAAGUUGAGCAGCAAAUGAGUCCUGAGUGCGACUGAGCCCAAUGAUUAGAUUGACAAUCUUUCAGUUGUACAGACCGUCGUUUAGAAUUUCUAAAUACUGGCGCAGUGCAAACUCUGUGUACUGCAUUUAAUAUUUAUCUUGCAAUAUCGAGAUGUGGAUAGAGCAAUAUCAAUUUAAUCUUCAAUUAUAUGUAUAUCGGGAAAAUAACGCAAACAUCUGCUAUGUGCUCAUAACAGAUGAAUGUGUAUCAGUCCAAGAUGUUUCAAUUUGAGAUUUUAUAAGUAUAUUAGCAAUGUACAUGACAUAUAUUUAAAGUGACGUCGUAUUUCUAAAGAGAACUUGUGUAAUUAAUGUUGAAUGUAUAAUUUUUUAAUGAUCUUUAAAAGGGAUAUAUAUUUAUAUAAAUAUAUUACGAAUAACUUUAAAGAUUAUAUUUGUAUCUUUUGAUACAAUGAAAAUACUUUUAAACUCGUCAAAGUGGAAUAUAAAUUUUCAUAAAUACAUCGAAGAUUGUAUAGAAAUGGUUUUGUGAAAUCAGCAGUAUCUUUAAGAUAAAGCCUACAAACUAUUGCAAAUAUAAAGAAAAAACUCAAACUAGUAGGUAAUAGAAAUAAAUUCGAGUGUGAUGUGGAAAAUGCAAUGAACUAUCUAUUUAUGAUAGAUGUAUGUAGUUGUCAUUAUAAAUUAUUCAUCUAUAAGUCAAUACAAACAUUUUUUAACAUGAAAUUUGAGUCCAAUGCUUCAUUCGUUGUUUUUAUUUUAUUGAGGUAGAUGAACCCUAGAGCCCUAUUAGAAAACUGAAUAUUUCUAAAAUAAUUUUGUAUUUCAAUCAGUAAAAACAACCAAUGAACAUUCGCCAUAUCGAAAAUGCAAUUAUUGCAUGACUGAGAAUGAAUCGUUUUACAAUUUUGUAUGUAAAUAACUAUCUGUAGUAUACGUCAACUGCGCAAAACUAAUUGUUAUUUUUGUGAUACUAAGACUCACGUCAUUCUCAAUAAAUAGAAGUAACGCAAAAAAAUGAACAUUUUCAAAACAGGGAAUUUGUAUAAAAGUUUAUUUUAAAGGUCUCGUAAAUAUCCUUAAAAUAACGGAAAAGGGUUUUUAUUCAUUUAAGAUUCUUAGUUUUAAGCGAUAAAGUCGAGAAAAAAUUACACUUUUUAUGUCUUUGAAAAUACGUCAACAGAUUUAAUUAGAAGUCUAAAAUCUUUCACAUCACAAAAUGAUAAUUGUUUCUCAUAAUCAUCUGUCAGUGUAAUUUACUCUCCAUCAAUGCUUUACUUUCGUUUGUCAAAAUUUGAAAAACUGUUAGUUAAUUCAUGUAAAAAACCACUCCCAUUAAGCUUUAUUAUCCUACCGAUCAGUAGUGUUUCAUUUUAUAUUUAGGUUUAAAUUAAUAAUUAAUACAUUUGCCAAAAUUUAUCCGUGCAUAUUAAUUUAAUAAUUUUUUUGAAAGAAAAUUGUAA